AUGGGCAAUCAAACAACCAAAGCAUUAGUGAAGAUGUCUGGAAACUUGGCCGUGGUUUGUGUGCUGUUGUUGAGUCUGGUGGAGGCAGCUCCCGUUCUAAAAUGCCGGUGGAGCUAUGGGAAAUACUACCAAACAUCUGUCAGGCUCUUGGAUCGGAUGGCUGCUAAUGCCACCGAGGAUGUGGAGAACCCUCUGCCUUUUCCCAAGGACGAGUACGAGCUGGAGUCCAAACACUCUCUUUUUGGUACCUUGGAUGUCAUUUUUUUCCUACUGGAUGUCCCUCACCGCCAUGUCUUUUUUUCUUCCCCCCUCUCGCAGGUUGAGCAUCGUCUCACUUUCGUGGCUCAUCUCCUGCAGGAGGUGCAGGAUCUGUUUGACCAUGAAAACAUUUCUUCUGCAUCCUGGGAUGAAACAACGCUGGAGCACUUUCUCGCAGUCGUCUACAGGGAGAGAGAUGACCUGCAGGACUGCGUAAGUGGAAUAGAAAGCAAACAACAACCUCUGCGAGAGUAUUUCAAGGAACUGUCACGCAUGGUUCUGGAAGAAAAGGAGUACAGUGCGGAGGCCUGGGAGAUGAUCAGGAAGGAAGUCAAGUCACAUCUUUUCCGUGCCACCCAGCUCUUCCCAUCCAGCCAUUUAAUUUAA